UAUUUUUGCUGCUACUUCUAACCUGCCUUCUUGUAUUUAAAGCAAGCAUUGCACAUGAAUUAACCAAGAAAAAAGAAAGAAAGAUUGACAGCAAAAGGAAGAGCUGGUGUCUGAGUCAUACAAACAUGGCAGCCUCUGUCAUGGUCUCUUUGGUUCCGAAACCAUUUCCAUCUCCAUUGUCGGAUCCAUCGAGGUUCCGAGGCAUCCAGCCACCAGCAAGAUCAUCAUCCUUCAAGAGUAAUGGCCAACAAAGCAAAGAAGAUCCAGACUUCUCAGCCUUUCGGGCCUACAGGAGGAUUGAACUUGAAGAGCGGUGUUGACGCAUCUGAAGGCCAGCCAAGGGGAAGGGCGUCUACCAGUUUGUCAGCAAAUACGGAGCAAAUGUUGAUGGGUACAGAAGAAUGGUCUCCAAGUGGUAACGUUUACAUUGGAGGUAUGCACAGAAAACUCUCUCAAAAUAACAAUCUUGAAGUGCUCACUGCUGCAUUAAAAAUUUCAGAUGUUUCAAUCCUCAUGGCACAUAUAACCUUCCUCCCUUGGUUUAUGCAGGAAAGAUAG